AAAUUCAUUUAUUAGUACAGAAGAUCAAAUUCGGCGUCAGGUGUGCACUCUUCUCCGCGCAAAUGCACCGUGUUAGGGUUUUAGGCAGUUACUAGUCGAUUCCACUGCCACCCAAUGCCACACCACCGCUUCUCUACAACUCUCAACACCAUUUAUUCUCUACAAAGCAUUGCGCUGUCCUUCACGCCACUGCAUUUUCGGAAUUGAACUCGCCGUCGUGUUGAGUUGCUUCUUCUAUCAUCGGCGGUUCUCUUUCUUUCCGGCAUCGGAACAUGGCGGAAGCAGGGGAAGAACCGGAGGAGGAGCUUGAGUUCAAAUGGGGCAAGCCGAGAGGGGUUGGUGUGAAGAACAAGAAUGUGCGAUUUUACGAGUCGUUUACUUACGACGGUGUGGACUACGCUCUCUACGAUUCCGUGUUCCUUUUCAAGGAGGGUGAACCCGAGCCUUUCAUCGGGAAGCUCAUCAAGAUUUGGGAGAGUGCUGAUAAGAGCAAGAAAGUUAGGGUUCUGUGGUAUUUUCGACCCUGUGAGAUUCUCAAUUUCUUGGAUGGAUAUGAAACGCUUGAGAAUGAGUUGUUUUUGGCAUCUGGUGAAGGAUUAGGGCUUGCAAAUGUCAAUCCUCUGGAAGCUAUUGCUGGCAAAUGCAUUGUUGUUUGCAUUUCUAAGGACAACAGGAAUCCACAGUUAUCAGAUGAAGAACUUCAAAUGGCUGAUUUUGUUUUCUCUCAUUGCUUUGAUGUUGGAAAGUGUGAAAUAUCGGAUAAGAUAGAUGAUAAGAUCGCUGGAGUUGAAGUUAAAAAUAUUUUUAACAAUUUAGAUAGGCAAAAGCUUGUUGGUCAUGUGAAACUUGGUUUAGACGAGAAAGAAGUUAGGGGGAACCUCAUGGCAAGUAAUGAAGCGGUGGCUCUUUCGAGUGAAGAAAACAGCAGGCCUUUGAUUGAAAAACCAGGUGGAAAGUGUUUUGACACAUUAGUUAGAGAUAAUGCUUAUUCUAAGCCAUCGUUGGGAGAAAAACCUACCUCGAGCUUUGGCUUAAAGAAAUCAAGUAAAUCUAAUGCUUUGAAUACUAGUUCCGGUGACAAGACCUUUCCUCAAGCUAAAGAAAAUGGGACUCAUAGGGCUUCUCUGGUUAAACAAAAAUCAUCUACUAAACUAUCACUUGGUUCCAAAGAUGCCUUUGAAAUGAAGGAAAGCCCUAGAAUAGGGGGAAAUGUCUCUACGGGGAAGACCACUCCAAGGUCUAAGGUUGAUUUUGAAAAGGAUGAACGUGUGGUUGAUGGUGUCACUGAUGGGGAAAUUAACAAGCGAUUGGUCGGGGACAAAGCUUAUGAGAAAGGAAAACAUGGUGGUUUGAGUAAAGUUCAGAGUGAGAAGAUAAAGACUAACGUGCAAAAUCGAAGAACGCAUGAUGAUGAUGUGAAGAGUGUACCUCCAUCUUCAUCAAAGGAUGAAUAUAAGCUUCAACGAGAAAAGGGUUUUUGUGAUGUGGAGGAAGUCCCUUCCAAAAAGCGAAAGGUUGACAUGAAGUCAACAAAAGUCUCUGGUGACAAGCCGUGUAAAGAAGCUUCUACAAUUCCUCAGAGCGUGGAUCACAAGCUAGAUUCCGGUGUAACGAAAGUUACUCGACGCCCUGAUAGGAGCAAGUGGUUUAAGGCGAUGCCUUGGGAGGAUAAAUCGAAAACUGCUUAUGAGCAAAGAAGAGUCGUUCUAUUUGAAAAUUUGGAUCCAUCUUUAACUUCAUCAGAAGUACAGGAUAUUAUUUCACAUGGCUUUAAAGAAAGCUGCACUGCACAGAUGAUCCCGCAAACCACAUAUUCUAGUCCUCAUUCUGGUCAAGCUUUGGUAAUAUUUCAAAGAAAGGAAACAGCAGAGUUGGUUAUUAGAAAAUUAGAGGAUGGUUGUUUCUUAAUGUCAAAUGGGCGGAUCUUCUGCUGGGUUGGGUUUGUCACAACAAUUUGGUUUACCAGACUACAUUCCUUUCAAUGCCAACCACUUGUUGGAAGAAUUGCGCUUCCUUUCUUUCCCGAAAAGAAGCCAACAUUUUAUGGCCAUCUUGCUAUUGAUCAUCUUCGACUGCAAAUGCAACGUGAGAUGAAAGAUGCUGUAUCUACUUCACAUUGUUCUCAGCCCAACAAUAUAGAAUUUGAUAUGGCCGUAGAAUGGUGCUUACUACAAGAAAGAGCAGACAAAGCAUGGAGAAUGUUGUAUCAGCAACAAGGCGAGGAAUUGGGCAAACUCAAAGCUAAGCUGAAGUCUAAAUUCUAAGCGAUCUCCACUAACCCUUUACUCUUGCUUAUUUGUUGAAUCUGACUGAUUUUAUUCACUGAGACAGUAUGAGCGGCGAUUUUUCCGGUUCAGCAGUUGUAGAUAUAGUGCACCUGGGGGUUCAGAGUUAGGAACUAGCGUUUGUUCCAUACCUUGUACUGCGAGUCUGCGACUCCCAUGCAAGCUGCUGACCAUUUUAUUGCCCUGUACAAUCUGGCGCUGUUAAUAUUCUAUGUACAAUAUCAAGUCAUGAUGGGAAACGUUUUAGUCUGGUCAUAUCCAGAAAUUUUGCCUUGCUUUCUCAUCUGUCCCUCAUUUGCUGCCUCGUUGCAAUGUAGAAUUGUCCCUGUACUUUGCACUUAUAUUUUUUCAUCUUAUGUUCUUGUGUAUAUAAUCAUUUUCAAUGUCA